AACCCUCUUCAAAUCUGGGCUAUGUUCUUGCUCUUUUGCUCAAUCACACACUCCCAUCUGUGCACAAGUCCCUGCUUUCGCCCUUGAGCUUUCAAAAUUUGGAGCUCUAUUUUUAUGUCUUCAAAUUUAUAUAUGUUACUUUAUUUUCAUUACAGCUUAUUUUGAAGAUUCCUCUAAUGUUGGAACUUUCACUUAUCGCCUGAAAGGUUUUAAAGAACAGCCGACGGAUCAUUAUUCAAGACCAUAUUUCAUUGAUGCCACCCCAUUUUUCAACAAGUAUCGUAAGCUGUGUAUGGCGGGAAAACCAAGGCAUUUGCUCCUCAUGGAUUUCCCCAGGAACGUUUUCCAAGUUUACCGCGACAAACCAAAAUUUGUGUUCAGUUUUCUUGGCGAAAUUUCUCAUGAUUCCUAUAACCUCGUCCAAGCGAUUGAUGACGACUUCGUAGAUUGGUUAAGAUGGUUUGAAGACGGUAAUUAUUUGAAUAACACUCUCCUAAUCGUCAUGAGUGACCAUGGACCAAGGUUUGUUGAAGAAAUAUUUCUAAGUAUGUUUUAUAAAAUAUAUAAGUACCUAUAUUUAGUAAUAGAAUAUUAUUAAAGGAUCUGAGGUUUGUAAGCAAUAUUUUUGAAAAAAAGAUUACACAAUACUAAGUAUUGUGUAAGGAGCUAAUUUCCAAAAUUGAAUCUCAAAGUGUUUAAUGUAAAAAUGAUUAAAUGACCUCAACUCAAUUUCAAGUUUUUAAAUACUUUUAGUUUUUUUCAGGCUGUAAGGUCAAAAUCCUGUGUAAUUUUCAACUGCUAACCUGUUUCUCUUGGCAUCAUGAAAAUGUCACUUAGCAAGUUUAUGCUCUAGAUACUUCAAUUGGACGUAAUUCUGCCACAUGGAACUGUGUGCAUUAUGA